AUCGUCACUCUUCCUGAUACUCCUGACAGCUCUGCCAGACUGCCACCUCUCCAGACCUCGAGUUAUGUUUCCAAGUAAUCUGUAACCUACGUUACUGUCUUUCGUAACAGCUGCAACGCUUUUUGGUCUCGGUCGCUUGUUCUUCGUAAUCAGAAUCUGUUGGAGUAGCCCGUUUCGACCGUCGCUAGCCGGCAUUGGCCUGUGGUAGUGAUACUUCAUGGCUCGAUCUGUCGCCGAGACAACCGCCAUAGGGUGGAAGACGCGUAAGCCGAGGCAAAAGCGUGCGAGAAAGAGUAGUAGCUCUCAACGGAAUGCCUCGUCGCCGUUAACGCCGGUUUCGUCUGACGGCCGUUUGGACGUGUCGCUAACUCCGUCAACAAACGGCGAUUCGAAGCUGAACUCGGAGUUGAAACGCGACGUGAAACUCGCUAAAGAGGGAGCACCGCCAGUACGCGAGGUGAAAUCUCAUGGCUCUGCUGUGGACCGUUGUGAUUCUAGUCCGAGCGGACGAAGGAGCAAGGGUACAAAUUCGCCAGCCACGUUAUCUACAGUAUCAGGUGGUGUUCCAAUGCCGCAAGGUGACAGUAUCGCGCGAAGGCGGCCACGCACGGUGGGUGAACUGAGACGGAUGCAACAGCUGACUUCGUCCCCGGUAUUAUCUUCCCCGGUAUCGUUUUCAGCAGCAGUCGUUUCCCCUGGAUCAGCAGCAGCAGCAAGAGCAGCAGCAGCAGGAGCAGGAGCAGGAGCAGGAGCCACGCCUGGGACCAGAAAAACAACACCCCGAAGAGCGUCAAGUGCGGCAGCCAGGGUUUUAAUGCGAGAGCCGUUACAGGAACCAUCUGCUGGGUUACCUCCAGGUUCAAAUGUGUUGCUUCCCGGUUCAAAUGUCUCAAAGGAUCUGUGUGCCGACAUUGGCGGCGCCAGUGACGUGCAAGUUCCAGACAGUGAUGAGGAUGCUAUAAGCGAGGAUAUUGGAGGUGGAGAUGGAGGAGCGUCACUGCGCCAUGGUACCUAUGGUGGUUCUAUCGGUGGAGAGAGGGAGGGGCCGAGGCAAAUUGGUGGCUGUGAUAAUGGUGAAGGGGAGGAUGGAGACGAGGAAGGUGACAGUAAGGAGGGUGCGGAAAUGAGGGCAUUUCUUGACGGGUUCAAUCUGAGUGCUGAAGCCGGGUGUGCGUCUCUGGAUGCUGAUAGGCUUCUGGAGUCUCGGAAGCGGCAAAGGGGCAGUUCUGCUGGAAGGACCAGGGGGGAGGGGGAGGCCCGGGAGGAGGAGAGGGGAGAUGCAGCAGCAGAAGCACGGGAGGGGGAGAGGGGAGGUAAAGCAGCAGAAGCACGCACGACUCACAAAAAUCCCCAGGCGAAACGGCUAAAGGGGGGAGAGGCACAGAAGGGGGAGAGGCAGAAGGGCAAGCGCUCGAGUUUGAGUCCUCUAGCGGAGGGGGUUUUGCUUUCACCUGUUCCAGCAUCUGGUAGGCAUGAAGCACCUCCUGCUCACUGCCUCUCGCCUCACAAGCCACCCACUCUCAGUACCCCUAUGGCGAAUCCAUUGUCCAAAGGUCCCUCGUCUGUGCUGCUGAGAGGUGAUUCUUCUGCAGCACCUGGUAUACACGAAGCAACCCCUGCUCACUGCCUCUCGCCUCACCACUCUCAGCACAAGCCAACCAGUCUCAGUACCCCCGUGGCCAGUCCAUUGUCCAAAAAGGCCUCGUCUUAGCUGCUGAAAGUUAACUCUCCUGCGGCUACAGCAGGGGGAGGAGCAGGAGGAGAUGCAGCAGGAGCAACGGCAGAAGCAGCAGCAGCAGCAGCAGCAGCAGGAGGAGGAGGAGGAGCAGCAGAAACAGCAGCAGGAGCAACGGCAGAAACAGCAGCAGCAGCAGCAGGAGGAGGAGGAGCAGCAACAGCAGCAGGAGCAACGGCAGAAACAGCAGCUGCAAGUGCAGCAGCAGCAGCAGCAGCAACAGCAGUUGGAUUAACGCCAGAAACAGCAGCAGCAGCAACAGCAGGAGUUGCAGCGGCCAAGGGCACCCCGAGUGCAAGAUCAAAGAAGAAAACGCCUAAAGGCUACUACUCCCCUCUGCCCCUAGUCAGAAUGAGCCCUCCCUCCAUGCCUUCGUUACAGUCACCACCCCUUCCAUUGUCACCACUGUCGUUGUCACUCCCUGCAGCUCUUGUAAAAUCAAAUCAGGAGCCACCGUUUUUGUCACUCCCAUCCCUAUCACUGCCGGAGUCUUCUGAGAGACGGGCUGAGGAGCCUGCAUUAUUGUCACAACAGCCAUUGUCACUCCCUGUGGCUUUAUCCCAAGCUGGCAAGAAGCGAAAUAGUGGAAGGGGGCAGCUGCCAAAAAAUAGAAGGCAGCAGCAGCAAAGGAGGCGGAUGCAGCAGGAGCCAGAGAAACAAAGCCAGCAACAGCAGCAGCAGCAGCAGCAGCAGCAGCAAGAAGGUGCAGCAGAGAGAGGGUUAGAGGAGACUGGCAAGUUGACUCAAAAGGUGGAGAAGGGGCCAGUGCAGGGGGGACUGGAUGGGGUGGAUGGGGUGGAUGGGGUGAUGAGAGGAGAAAAAGAGCUUGAACUGGGAGCGAUGGAGUUAGGAGAAGAGGUGAGCGGAAGAGGGGUGCAAGAGGCAGAUGAGUCGGGCGAGCGGUUGGGAUUGAAAAGGGUGGAGUCGGGAGUUGAGAGAACGAGAGGGGUGCAUGAGGCAGAGGAAGGAAGCAUACUUGGGGGA